AUGAGAGACUUGGACGAGCUAAUUCUGUUGAUGGAAAAAGCCUAUGAGCAGGCCAAGGAUCAUUCCAAGGGCCCGGUCUCUGUGUUUCCUACUGACAUAAGGUAUCUGAAGGAGAUAAUGGACCAUAUCGAUUUCCUAGGAUCGAAGAAUAGACAUGGAACCACGCAAUGGCUGGAGAUAUUACUCCAAAAUCCGUUUCCGUUAAAAAUCUCCGAGGAAAGACUAGGAAAGGUGAUUAACUUUUUUUUGGAGGCUACCAAGACAGAAUCAAUUCGAAAAUCAGCAUUAAGGUCCCUAGGGAUGCUUGGACAGAAAGCAAACGUCAAAUACCACUACACAGAAGAGCCCCGCUUCUAUAUACAUGGAAUUGAGGUUUCGGAGAUCAUAUACUAUGGAUUUCUUAGCCAGUUGUCUGCCCUCGGAGGAAAAGUAGGAGUGAUACCCAUCAAAAGUAAUGACUCCAUAGUUGUUAAGAAAAUGAAGAUAGAAAUCAUGUCGAAUAACCCAGGAUGCAAUACUCUGAAGAUCUUCUUUGAGAUGUUAAAUGAAAGGGAUUCCAGGCUAGGCUGGACGCUAUGCAAAUCCUUCCUCAAGGUUACUAAAUAUACAGAGACGGAUUCCGUUGUUUCGGCUCUUAAGGAGAGAUGUAAUAUGAUAUUUGCCAACGAGAGUACUUGGAUAAAUGCCAUGACAAUCCUUGGGAUGAUGUCUCUUCGAGAAUUGGAUGUUGGAGAUGUAACAGAAAUUAUUCGGAAAGGAGUGAGCUACACGAACGAAUUUGUUAGUAAUUCCGAGAUGGUCCGUGAGUCUGCCCUGUUUCUCUUAUGGGCAUUAACCAGAAGAAACAGUGCAAUGAGCAAGGAUCUCUUGUGCUUGGCAGUUGGAAGAGCCUUAUUUGAUCCCUCCCUUUCUUGCAGAAGGGGUGCUGCAGCCGUUGUUUUAGAACAUGUUGGAAGAUUUCCAGAAGAGGGAAGAGAAGAAUUGAUAUCUCUGAUAAACUUCCAUUCAGUCAAAAGGCUAAGAAACUGCUCUGCAGUCGUAGGAAGAGUUUUGGAAAUGUUAGGAUGUGAAGAAAUAUUUGAAGACAUUCUCUUGAAAAACCUUUUCCAUCGUAAUCUGGAAACUAAAUACCAAAGCGGACAUUGUAUUUCAAAGCACUUUGGAGGAAAUAGAGUUAUGGAAUGCAUUAGCUCAACCAGUUUUAAGACAUCAUCAGACUUUACAAGUCUUUUUGUUCUCGUCAAGGAAUUCACCGAACAGAAUCGGAAGGAUGAAAUAGCCAAGGCUGUGGAAAUAGUUGCAAAGCUAAAGGUUGAUUCUUCCUUUUGUAGAUACAAGGACUUUCAUGUCUUUGUGGAAAACUAUCUGAAGGCGGUGAAAGGCCUAGAAAAUACAGAAAACAAAAGCGUUGUUUGCGAAAACUUGUAUAUGUUUCUUACAAAGAAUUCUCUUCCUGAAGAGGUAUCCAAAGUAUCCUGGAUUUUUAUUAACAAGAAUGAGGGCUUUGCAGCACAGUUAGCCAGGUCGAUUGGUAGAGGAACUGAAGGGUUUAUCCUUUCUAACUCAAGGAAUGAAAGAUAUAAAGACCAAGUAAGAAAAAAAUAUCUGGAAUUUCUUCGGAACGGAAAUAUUGAUACAAAAACAUAUGUGAUGAAGGCAAUUUGGCUCUCUGGAAGAGUAAAGGAAUACGAAGAACACAUUAUUAGCGGACUGGAAAACUAUUAUGUUGAUAGCAGAGGAGAUGUAAGCUUCAGGUUAAGAAGAGAAAGUUUGAUGGCUUCCUUCCUAAUGGACGACAAUUUAGUUUCGUCAAGAUAUUUUGUAAGAUACUUUGUUGAUAAGUCGAAGACACUAAGGGAUGAAUGUAUUCUUCUAUGCAGGAAUAGUGGAAUUUUCCCUGAAGGCUUUGAGUAUAUCCACAGAGAAGGAUAUUCUGUAGAUUCCUCCAAACUUCGGCUGGUGUCUGGGUUUCUUAAUGCUUUCUACAAUGAAUUUAAAAGGCUGGAAUCCGAGUCUAAAUUGGGAAACGAUAGGAUGUUAUUUGCAGCAUCUAUAGCUGCAUCCAAACACCUUGAGGAGGAGCAUCUGAAAGAAUUCCUUUGUGGAGUACUUGGGACAAUUGGAUCAUCCGACACAUCUUUAUGCAUCUUCAUUACGGAAAUGGUAUUUAAGACCAGAGAAAGAUUUAUAAAGAUUAUGAAAACGAUUUUCAGCCAAAACUUCCGGAGCUAUGAGAGAGUGAUGCUUCCUGCUAUUGAGCUAGUAUGCGAGAUAAUUAGGUUAGAAAUUGAAGAAGGAAACCUGUUUAUUUUCGGAAGUAACAGCGAGAUUCUGGGGAGGUUAUCCCUUGUACUUCAAGAAGGAUCUGUCCCAAGUAACACAAGCUUAUCCAUAAAACAUGUCUUGGAGAAACUUCCCAGUUUUAGAUCAAGGAACAAAUCAAAUGAAAAAGAUGGAUAG